GGAGGCCGUGGACACACCGUAUGUUUAUAGUAGAGGUUUUGUAUGGGGGAGGCUGUAUGAAGCGUGGUGUCCACACACAAGCUCUCUACUUAAGAUGGUGCUGAUAGACACCGUCAUCAUCAGCCGCUCAUUGGCUCGGGGACCAGUUCUACAGGGAGGCCAUUGAGCACUGUCGCAGCUACAAUGCCCGCUUGUGUGCGGAGCGCAGCGUACGCAUGCCCUUCCUGGACUCUCAGACGGGAGUAGCUCAGAACAACUGUUACAUCUGGAUGGAGAAGCGGCACCGGGGGCCAGGGUUGGCAGCAGGUCAGAUGUACACUUACCCUGCACGUUGCUGGAGAAAGAAGAGGCGACUUCACCAGCCACUGGACCCCCAGCUUCGCCUUUGUGAACUUCGACUCGAGGCUGAGCUGAUGGCCAAGAGAGAAGCCCCAGCGACGGAGGCUACGGCCCUGGAGGCACUGUUACGAGGUGAUGGGAUCUUGGACAAGAGGAACAAUAAUGCCAAAGAGGAAGAGACACUACUGGAAAUCCAGAGGGUGCUUGAGGCAGAUGAAAAUGGGGAUGGUUUCCAUGAUGAUGAAGACUUUGAAGUGGACACACCAAAGAGGAAGCAUCGAAACAAAGGCAGGGGUCGAGGCUCUGGGCGCAGGCGAACAGAAGCAGUGGCCAACGACGAUCAGGAUAAACCCUACGUGUGUGACAACAGAUACAAACAAAAGCAUAACUCAAAAACUGCUGACUCAGUUUGCGGGAAGCGUUACAAAAACCGCCCUGGACUAAGCUACCAUUACACCCAUACUCACCUUGCUGAAGAGGAGGGUGAGGAAGAACGAGAAACUGAAAUCCCCCAAUCUCCUCCUGUCCACCACGAGAAUCACAAACCACAGAAAGGGCCUGAUGGCACGAUCAUCCCUAAUGACUACUGUGACUUCUGUCUGGGAGACUCAGGAUCUAACAGGAAGACAGGCCAUGCUGAGGAGUUGGUUUCCUGUUCAGACUGCGGCCGCUCUGGCCAUCCUUCAUGUCUGCAGUUCACAGACAACAUGAUGCAGGCUGUUCGGACGUACCAGUGGCAGUGCAUCGAGUGUAAAUCCUGCAGUCUGUGUGGCACCUCCGAGAACGAUGAUCAGCUUCUGUUCUGUGAUGACUGUGAUCGGGGAUACCACAUGUACUGCCUGAAGCCUCCCAUGACACAACCACCCGAGGGAAGUUGGAGUUGUCAUCUGUGUCUUGAUCUGCUGAAGGAUAAGGCAUCUGCUUUCGGAGAGCCGUAAGCGUUGUGAGAAGGUUCUCCACAGGUCCACACACAGGCUCGCACAGCAGACUCAGGAUGGAUGUUGGUCUUGGUUUUGCUCUGUAGUUCUCUUCCUGUAGUAGUGUGAAGUGGAGUCUUCCUCUACCUCUGUGUUACAAACAUUUUUCUCAAGUCUAGGCAAUCGGUAGUCUACCUCACAUCCUGCUCACGAACAAAUCCAAAGGCGGGUUUGAGUCCAGAUUGUCCGAUUACCUAGAAACAUGAUUUGUAUUCUAUAAAAAGUACUUAGUUAAAUAGCAACACCAGCACAAUGAGUAUAAUAUUACAAAUUAAUGAAGUGAUAAUCAAUGUCUUAUACACUCCUGAGCUGCAAUUCAAGUUUUUUUUAACUAAUAUUUUAAUCAAGUUAUCUGCUGUUUCUUCUCUAAGUCUUUAAUAAAAGCAGCAUAAACUUACACUUAGAGACACACACCAGUGGUAUAAAGCAAAAUCAUUUUUAUUCAAGCCGGUUUCUAUUCACUUUAUUCAUGUUUUCAAUGUGUCUAUGAUGUUUUUAGGCCUAAAAAAAGACAUUUUUGGGCUCAUAACAAGAAACAGUUUGAUGCAAAGAGGAUAAAUGUGAUUAGAAGCUCAUCUUUCUUAUUGGGAUCAUCAUUCAGGUUGACAUUUAGAGCAUAGCAUCUGAGAGUUAUUGUGAAAGCAAUCUUUAAAUUAAAUGGCAAAAAAUAGUUUUUCCAUGUAUUGAAGCAGGACUUAGCAGUGACUUCAGGACUGGAAAAUAAUGUUGAGUGUGUUUUUUUUGUGUGUUUUUUUUACAUAUAUUAUUUAGCAGACAAUCGUGUUGGUUGUUAAAUUACAUGAUAGCCAUCAUAUAAUGCUUUUCCUUGUGCUAUGGUAGUACUUGCAUGCUUUGUUUUGUCUUUUAAAGCCAGCUUUUUUCCCACUAGGUUACAUUUUGUAAGUAUUAAAUGUGAAUGCAUUAGACUGUUUAAUCUUUGUUACAUUGUGUCGGACAUAUCUGGUUAUGCUCCAGGAACAUUCCCGUUUUGUGUGUCCUAGAACCCUCUAUUGUUCCAUCCGCCUGUUUGGAGCCCUUCAUACCUCUCUGAGCGAAACAUCUGUUCACUCCAUUUUGUAUUUCUUUGCUCGUGAUAUAUUAGCAUUUCUAUUUCCAUCUGGACAUUCUCUCAUGUCAUUCCCACCUCCUUCACCUGUAUAAUACAUUAGAGGCUCUAUUUUCAGAGCCAAUUCAUCAGCACUCUCCAGAUCUCGCGAUCUGUUGAAUAUUUUAGCUAUGCAUUUUUAUCUAUUUUAAAGGUCAUCUACAUCACAUUUACAUUUGAUUUUCAGCUGAAGAAAUUAAUUAAAGGUUCCAAAAUAAAACUAGUUUGAUGAUGUUUAAACAAAAUAUCAAACACUGCUGAUACAUUAUGACUUUUCACACUUAAAAUCGUUAACCCAUUCUAAAUAUAAACCUUCAGGUAUCUUUUUUUCAUGUUUUGUACUAGACUGUGCAUUUGUAAACCCUGGGUUAGUGUUCUUUUAUGGAUAUUUGCCUAUAUUGAUUGGGGGAACACAGCAUGUGCUUCAUUUAAAUAUCGGCUUGUCUCGUUCCUCAGUGUACCAUCAGAAUAAAUAAAUCUCUUCUGCAAUGGUAUGAAUGCAUUUUCCAUUCAUUAAUAUUUGAACAUUGUAUUUUUCCCUUAAAUUUUGACAUGAAAUACAAUGUAAAAGUUUCUGUGACUGUAAAACAGCUCAUGAAUAUUUAAAGAUGCAGGCGCUAUUCAGGGUUAUGACUGGUUAUUUGUUGCUAAACAACUACCAGUUAUAGAGGGCAGCAAUCAAAAUCUCGCUUCAUGGGAUUAUAGUUUUUAUCCUCAUUAAAGCUGUAUGGGAUCAGUCUUGUGCCUUUUGGCUUCCAAUCAAAGUUAUUAAAGUUCAUAGUUUAUAAUUCUUUAAAGGGGGGUGAAAUGCUAUUUCAUGCAUACAGAGUUUUUUACACUGUUAAAGAGUUGGAUUCCCAUGCUAAACAUGGACAAAGUUUCAAAAAUUAAGUUGUACGUUUGAAGGAGUAUUUCUGUUCCAAAAAUACUCCUUGCGGUUUGUCACAAGUUUCGGAAAGUUUUUUUCGAGUAUGGCUCUGUGUGACGUUAGAUGGAGCGGAAUUUCCUUAUAUGGGUGCUAAGGCACUUCUACCGGAAGAGCGUGCGCUCCCGUAUAGCAGAGCAGAGAGAGGCUGUGCACAGACAAUCACUGAUCACAGCGAGAGUGUCGCGAAAUGUCACAAAAGGAGUGUGUUUUUGGUUGCCAGGGCAAGACAACCCUGCACAGAUUACCAAAAGAGAAAAAGCAUUAAAGUAAAUACCAUGCGAUGUUGUUAUCAAACUGCACUUUCCACAUGUACAGCUUAAAAAAAAAAAAAAAAAACUUAGUCUUAACUUAGUCAUUUUCCAAAACCGCUAAGCAAAUAUAUACAGUUUCAGUACAUACCACAUAGAGAAGCCUUUGCUGAUGCUGCUCUUGUUAAAUUUCUGCCUCUGGAUCUGUGUCACAGCUUCCACAUGCUCUCAACGCAAAAGCCUACUGGCGCUCGUGAUUCUUUAGCUCCGCCCACACGUCACGCCUCUAGGCACUCGUGUUUUUCCGGGAAAAAUCGGUACAGACUAUCUUUCUCUUAUGAAUAUAAUAAAACUAAAGACUUUUUGGAGUUAUGAAGGAUGUAGUACUACUCUAUAGGUACUCAAGAUUAACAGGAUAUUGAGUGAAAACGAGCAUUUCACCCCCCCUUUAAUGAGAACUACAAAUCCAAUGGGAAAUACUACCUGAACCAAGGGCACUUAAAAGUGGUCGGGUGCUGUUUUACUUCUUGAAAGGGGAGAUUUUUUGCUCAAGGCUUUAUUACCCACUGCUUAAUACCCUUCUAAAGUAAAAGUGCAAUACUUUUCACUGCCAGGGGUUGAAAGCAAGUUUAAAAAGACUAUAACCUGUGGUUAAGCUAGAAACAGCUCCAUUAUACCAACUUACAAAUUAAUUUAAACUAGUACAAACGUUAAAAAAAGCAGCCUGUUAAUGAAAUUUCUUGUAUAUAAUCAUCUGCGUUCAAACAUAAAUGUUGAAUCGUUUUGUAUUUAGUUUUUCUUUAUCAUUUUUUCCUUGUCUUUUCUUUUUAUCCUUGUUGUAAUGUAACUUUGAAUAAAAAUGAAUAAAAGUAA